AUGAGGGAAGAAAACCAGUCCUCCACCCAGGGUUUCAUUCUCCUGGGAUUCACCAGUCAACAGAAGCAGGAAGAUGUCUUCUUCAUUCUCUUCCUGUUUAUUUACCCCAUCACACUGAUUGGAAACCUGCUCAUUAUCUUGGCCAUUCACUCUGACGUUUGCCUUCACAACCCCAUGUACUUUUUCCUUGCCAAUCUCUCCUUUGUUGACAUCCUCUUCUCAUCUGUAACCAUCCCAAAGAUGCUGGCAAACCACAUCUUGGGCACCAAAGCCAUCUCCUUUGGAGGAUGUCUAGCACAGAUGGAUCUCAUGCUUGCAUUGGGUAACACAGAUAGCUACAUCUUGGCUGUGAUGGCAUAUGACCGUGCUGUGGCCAUCAGCCGCCCUCUUCAUUACACAACAAUUAUCAGCCUGAGGUGUUGUGUCCUGCUUGUUGUAGGAUCUUGGGUGAUUGGAAAUGCCAAUUCCCUCCCCCACACUUUGCUUACAGCUAGUUUGUCCUUCUGUGGCAAUCAUGAAGUAGCCAACUUUUACUGUGACAUUACCCCUUUGCUCAAGUUGUCCUGUUCUGAUAUACAAUUUAAUGUAAAAAUGAUGUACCUAGGGGUUGUUGUUUUCUCUGUGCCAUUAAUAUGCAUAACAAUCUCCUAUGUUCGGGUCUUUGCCACCGUCCUACGGGUGCCAUCCACCAAGGGCAUGCUCAAAGCCUUCUCUACCUGUGGCUCCCACCUCACAGUUGUUUCUUUGUAUUAUGGGACAGUGAUGGGCAUGUACUUCCGACCUCUGAACAGUUACAACCUAAAGGAUGCAGUGAUAACUGUGAUGUAUACAGCAGUGACCCCAGCCUUAAAUCCUUUCAUCUACAGUCUGAGAAACCGAGACAUGAAGGCUGCCUUGGGGAAACUCUUCAGUCAGAGAAUUUCUUCAUGA